GUCCCUUGAUCGGUUGUGUGUUCACCGUUCAUCACGCAGCAGCCGGCUGUCGUCACUUUGUGAGAGCAACGCGAGGGAGAAGCGAGAUCGAUUCGUGCCCGUCUCGUUGCCUUUUCUUCCAGAAGGUAUUACGUUGCGACACUUGUAACGCGUGAUUCUUUUCAUCUUGUUCUGCCGUCUCCUCCUGCUCCUCCUGCUGCACCUGGUUUCUUCCUGUCGCUCCUGACACCGCCUCUGCCACCACCUAUACUUCUAUGUAGUCCCCGUGUCGACAGCGUCGACAGUGACCGAGUGACGACGAGAACGAGGAUGUAGGUCUGUUGGCGUGUCCCUUGUUCAAUGUCCCUGUGCCAUCUCGACGAUCGCCGCCGCCGCCGCGUCGGGAAUGUCGACACGGCCACUCGUUCACCACGCGGAUACCACCAUCGUCCACCUCCACCAUCACCACCAUCACCAGCAGCAACAGCAUCACCACGAUCGAUCACGAGCAAGUUGACAGUUUCACAAACAUAGCGAAGGUCGCAUCUUCCUUGGGAGAUGUCUUGUAGCGAUGGCGCGCCACGCUCGACACGUAAAUUUGGCCCAAAGUCGCCGAAAAAGUUGUGCGUGACCAAGAGCGAGAACGGCGACAAGACAACGACGACGAUCAGCUGCGCCGGCCACCGUCACAACCAUCACUAUCAUCACAGCCAUCAUCGCUUCCUGGACGGCUCGCAGCCGUCGGUACAUAAACGCAAUCUCUACAUUGUCUCUUUUCCAUUGAUAUUGCUGUUCAACGUGCUGCGCACUCUCCUGUAUCAGCUGUUCUUAGUAUUCAAGUAUCUGUAUACGUCUACGUCUCAGUUGAUCCAGCGCAGGCAGGCAUCCAAACAGGCCUAUCAAUUGGAGAUUGUCGUAGGACAAAAUCCAAUGGACAAUCGUAUGGUAAAUGGCACGCGGAUAGAAGGCGAGAUCAUGUCCUCGCAGGUACCUAGACGUCCCAUUGGGCCAGGUCCUGGAGAUCCGUUGCUAGCCAAGCAAAAGCACCAUCAUCGCAGGGCGUUUGAAUUUAUCAGCAAAGCCCUCAAGAUCGACGAGGAUAACGAAGGACAGAAAGAAAUGGCGAUAGAAUUGUACAAAAAAGGAAUCGGAGAAUUGGAGAAAGGAAUAGCCGUGGAAUGCACCGGUGGACACGGCGAGGUAUGGGAGCACGCGCAAAGACUUCACGACAAGAUGUGUACGAAUCUGGCAAUGGCGAAAGAUAGGCUCGAUUUUCUCGUGAGUGUGCGUAAGCUGAGAAAGCUGGGUAUCAACCAUAAUAUCAACAAUCGCGCACCUGGAAAUAAAACGGACGGCGAACAUCCGGGAAAGCAUCUGAGGGCUCGCCGCAACACGCACACUUUUCAAACCGCUCGAACUUCACCCAACAUUAAUCACAAUAAGAACACAAACAAUAUACACACGACAGUUAACGCUGGACAGACUAUGUGUACCCAGAUUCCCAAGUUAAGGCCACGUUCACCAAAAAACUGUUUCGCUCAUACUACUGAAGCAUCCGGUAGGAAACUGUCGGUUCCUGGCAAGCGAAUAACAGGAACACCCUUAAGUAAGAGUCAAACGUUGCCUCGAAGCAUGGGUAGAUCGACACCUAUUCAACCUUGCCACAAGACCUUACCAAUCAAACCGUCCUCCACACCACCCUCUGUGAAAAGACAGCUAUCUGUACCGGGCAAUGGUUCGCCCAUAAGACGUCCAGGAACACCGACUACCUCGAACAGUAAUAGAAGUACCCCAACCAGAAAAGUACCCAUUUUAAAGGGUGUGGAUCCAAAACUCGCGCAAGUAAUUCUCGACGAGAUCUUGGAAGGAGGAGCGCCAGUGCAGUGGGAAGACAUUGCUGGCCAAGAGACCGCGAAGCAGGCUUUACAAGAGAUGGUGAUCCUACCGUCACUACGACCCGAGUUAUUUACCGGUCUGCGAACACCCGCGAGAGGAUUGUUAUUGUUCGGGCCACCGGGAAACGGAAAGACGUUGCUAGCGCGUGCCGUUGCGACUCAAUGUAACGCAACAUUUUUUUCGAUAUCUGCCGCUAGUCUCACAUCGAAAUAUGUCGGAGAGGGUGAAAAAUUAGUGAGAGCCUUAUUCGCUAUCGCCCGGGAGUUUCAGCCAUCUGUUAUUUUCAUCGACGAAGUGGAUUCGUUAUUGAGCGAGCGAAAGGAUAAUGAACACGAAGCUUCGAGGAGGCUAAAAACAGAAUUCUUAGUCGAAUUUGAUGGUUUGCCAUGCAAUCCAGAAGAAAGAGUGCUCGUUAUGGCUGCUACGAAUAGACCACAGGAAUUGGAUGAGGCUGCGUUAAGGCGAUUCACGAAACGCGUAUAUGUCACAUUGCCUGACUCACAGACGAGGAUUGUCUUACUCCGAAGACUCUUGGCCAAACACAAUGAUCCAUUGACGUCCGAAGAGUUGAACGAGAUGGCAGUUCUUACGGAAGGAUAUUCGGGAAGCGAUUUGACUGGAUUAGCUAAAGACGCAGCACUUGGGCCUAUCAGAGAAUUGAAUCCAGAUCAAGUGAAAGAAUUGGACCUCAAUUCCGUUCGUAAUAUCACAAUGCAAGAUUUUCGUGAUUCCCUAAAGAGAAUUCGCAGAUCCGUUUCACCGGCAAGUUUAGCUGCCUAUGAGAAAUGGAACUUUGAUUACGGAGAUGUGAGUCUUUGAUUUGAGAUAAAUCAUUCGAGUCAAAGGUUCCAGAAAUAAUCGCGUUUCAAUUAAAUUUAAUCUGCAAAAAAGGACUAAAAACACUUAAAAAGAUCGAAACUAUAUAACCAAGUAAUAGUACAGUCUUGUAUUUUUAUUCUAUCUUACGAACACAAUAUUGAUAUUUAUAAAAAAAAGACAAAGAGAGAGAAAGAAAGUUAAAGAAGAUAUUGCCCUUGAAAUUCCUAUGGUACUUUCGUAUUUGGUGAUAAAGUCAUUAUAUUCGUUCAUUAUUGUCACAUUUCACAUUAAGCUUAGUUAUCUGAUUCUUAUUAUAAUUUAGAGCAAUCACCUUAAACCUCUAAUCUUUUGUGAUAAAUGAAACUUGAGUUCAGGGAAUGAUUUAAUGUUAAAUGUGUCUUGAAAAUAUGUUUUCCAUUGAUUUUAAGGAAUAUUCUAUAUGCUUUAUGUGUUAUUUCCGGUGAUCAGACGUUUACAGUUUAAUAUAUAGCUUUAAUGUUACCAGUUCGAUAUAUUAAAGAAAAGCGUCUUUAUUAUUUAUAUUUAUUUAUAUACUCUACUAUUUUUACGAUUUACAGUUCCUUUGUACUUUGGUACUUGAAAUCCAUGAUACAAUACCGUUUGUUAUGAUAAUUUGCAUUUAAUAUCAAGGUAUGUAUUACCGCGAUUAACACGUUAGGAAAUAUAUGCAUUUAAAAAAAUACAUGUGAUUUAGCGCAUAAUCUACAGUUAGAGGGAAUCUUUUAAAAGUUGUAAAUAUUUUAAUUAUUGUGUCGUUUAUAAAAUUGACAUGAGCAAGUUGAACAUGACAUGACUCGACUCGUUAUUGCAGCAAUAGAAAAACACUGUCUUUGCAAACGGAACAGUACACGUCCAAUCGGAUAAUAAAAAAAAUUGAGUCUAUCAAUGAUACAUAUAAGAAAAAGACGAAUUUAUGGUUAAGCAUUAUAUUCGUGCGACAAAGUAGAAUAUACGCAUGCAAAUAUGCAAACAAGUAUCUCUGCAACACGCAAAAUCGAGCAGAAAUAAUAAAUUUCAUUUCUAUUUCAUCAAUCGCGCAUCGGUUUUGUAUAAAUUGCGCCAUAGGUGUAUCUCUUUGAGUCAAGUUGCGAAUGUUAAUCUUGUUGCGUUUGAUAUCAUUUCCAAAAUUUGUUUGAUAUUUAUUGAUAUACCAAUGCGUUAAGAAUUACAUAACCACUAUGAUGCACAGAAUCACGUAUACAAAAAAAACAUGAAAAAUAAUCGGUGAAAGGAGAAAGCGAGUCUGUUUCUGUUUUAAUACAAAAUUCGAUAAGACAACGAACUGAGAAUCUAAUCUGUGCUAUAUGAAAUCCUAAAUACUUAUUUAUAAGGAUUAUGCAUAAGCUCGACGAACGUUGUUAUCGCAUACACAAAAAAUGUAAGAAAUCUGUACAUAUGUAUAUACAUGUAUACACAUAUAUGUAUGUAUACAAAAUAUAUACGUGUAUGUAUGUAUAUGUAUGGUCACCGUUUUUAUGACAUUUAUCUAUUGCUUCCGAUGCUCAAAAGUAGAAUAAUUAUGCAUGUAUUAAAGAAAUUAAUAUAUUUAACAUAUGGAACUUCUAUAUUAUAACGCAAUUACAGUGUAACAAAUUUAUUGAUCAUCAUUCCAGAUCAAACAUGGCAAACACCCGUAAUAUCAUAAAGAUAGGAAUAUCUCUGUAGUUUUGUAGAAUAAUAAUUUUAUCGCGCAUGUAUAAGUUAACAAUUUAUUAAAGAAUUAUUUCAUCAAUGAUUACAUGCGGACAACGCUCUUCUGAUACAGUGGAAGAAUAGAAAAUGUUAUUUGCAGAUGAAAUUAAUAAAAUUAUUUAAUCAUGAAUCUCUGUGUAUGAAUAGAAUACGAUGCGUUCGUAAAAUAGAUAUUCCAUAAUAGAUAAAACGUAAAAGAUAAAUAUAACUCCGAUAGCAACACGACUCAUAAAUUUCGAGAUUCACACUGUUGUAAUUACAAAAAACAAAAAAUCAUGUGAUGCUAAACAGCAUUCAAGAGCUGUGAUGUUACUGCGAUGAUAUAACAAACUUGAUAUUUUCGCGGCACUUUAAUAUGUAUUUAUAUAAGUGCACAAGAAUGCAAUAUACAAAUAUUCUUAUAAUUUUGGGUCUUUCUGAAAAUUGAAAACUUUGUUAAUUUUUCUAAAUAAAGGCGAAUACGAAGCCGCGAUAAAGGUUCGAUUUGUUUUUUUAACAUUAACGCAGAGCUUCAGCAUCGUCAUGAAGCUAACUCUGCAAUUUUAUUUCCAAAUUACUUUGUGAUAUUAGUUUUUUAUAUUAAUUUUUGCGCACUGCCUAUAUGUAGAUUAUAAUAUUAUGUUGUAUUGUAUAUAUAUAUUAUGUGAUAUUGUAAAACGAAUUGCGUUAGUUAUGCUAGUUUAAAUUUAUGAUAAUUUUGCACAAACAAAUUGUUUCGCAUAUGAAGAUGGAUUAUUCAAAGACCCUGGCCUUCUAUUGUGGAACAUGCUGAGCCUUGAUUAAGUUAUUUUGCUACUUUUAUAAUAUUCAUGUAAUGAUAAAAAUUGAGUAAGAAUAAUGGUCGGGUAUAACAUUUAUCCUAAAUAUACCAUUUUAUCUAAUAACGAAUAUACGAAUGUUGCAAAAAACUGCAUAUUUACGAAAGAUUUUUCCCUUUUAAACAUUGUAUUUUUGUCGUUUUUGGAGAUAUUGGUUGUGUUUAAAUGUUUCACAAGUGACUGUUUUAAUAAUUUUUAAGAUUUCAUGAACCAUUGAUUAAUAUUGCUGUUUUCGUGUGACAAAUUUAUUAAAUUAUUUAUAAUUUUUAUUAAUUUGUAAUCUAUUCUAAGAUAGAGGUACGACCCGUGUAUAUCCAGCAGUAUUAUAGAGCAUUUUCAGCAAACUACGUUGUAAAUUACACGUUAGAUUGCCACAUAAAUUUUUCUCAAAUAUUCUUUAGUAAUGUAUAUACUAUGUUAUACUGUUCAUAAGUUCGUGAAUUUGUUGGCGAUAGAGAAACGACCAUCACAUUAAAGUACAAUAUAUUUUUUCUCACAUCAUCAGCAAAAUAUGAAAAUUUUUCACUUUUAUUACAUUGAUAUUUUUGCCUUUCCAUAUUCACGAACUCAUGAAUGAUAGAGCAUCUAUAAUGCGGUAGUCUACUUCCGACAAAAUAAUUAUACAUAUCUAUUCAAUAGAUGUUCACCAAAAUAACUAGAUUAAAUCCAUAACAUAAACAGAAUAGCACAGCAGAAUUCUAUACAACUAUAAUAAAACGGACGUAUAUCAUCAGUGUGUGAUUGAUUCGAGGAAUCGAGCGUCUAGGAAAUAUGUAAUAAAUGUAUGUACAGUAUAUACAUCAUUUCCCCACAUCUGUGCUUCCUCUUACAAGCAAAGUUGGAAUUUUUAAGAGUGUUCACAAUUUUUUUCUUUUUUCUUUGCCUUAGUUUGCAGCAUUAAGAAACAUGUUUCUGGAUAAGAACAUAUUUAAGAGUAACGUUAUUUGUUAUAAUUGUUACUACAAACUUUUUUCUUUCAUCUAUAUAGAUAUUAUGCAAAUACCAUAGAAAACUUACUUUAGCGCAAAUUUUAGCUAAUAAGAGACACGAAUGUUAUUUUUCACAUAAACUGUCGCGUGAAUUGUUGAAACGUUCGAUAAAAGUGAUUCCCUGAGAAUAUCUUUGUAAAGUCCAAUUGUUGUGGAUAGUUAUUGUAGGAAUGCAUUGGUUGCAAAAUAAAACCGUGUAUUACAUGUA